UGGCUCGGCGGUUGGUGGGCGGGCGGCAGAUUUCCGCGCGGACGCCAGCAGAGGUUGAAGUGCACGCGUGAUUAUUCGCGAUUCAAAGCCGCUCUGUCUCAAAACAUUUGCAAUAAGGCACAAAGAGCGCGCGACCUUUUUUUUUUUUUUUUUUUUUGCCAUUUUGGAAAUGUAGCCGCUGUCACGGAUGUGGCGGAUGACGCGAAGAAUGGAUGCCUAACAGGACGCAGCGUGCCAGGUGUGGCCUGCUUCCAACGGCAACAUCUGGCCCGUGAGUCGCACCGAGAGGCAGACGCUCGGCGGCGUGUGCGUGUGCAAGCACCCGGAGAGAGAGCAGGGAGCCUCCGUUCCAGCACCGCAGCCGCCUUCCUCGCGUCGGUCGGACGCCACCUCAGCAGCAGCCCAAUACUGGACUCUAUAGGGUCAAGCUAGCGGAGAUGGAGGAAGUGGACUCACAAGGAGAAGGGUCAAUGGCGGUCAGAGAGGGGCCGAGCGGGCGCAGCAAGCCGUCAGACACCGCGGGCAACACCACCACCAACUUGCUGGCUUCUGUCAAAGAACAGGAGCUGCAAUUUGAGCGGUUGACGCGAGAGUUGGAGGAGGAGCGUCAGAUAGUGGCGAGCCAGCUGGAGAGGUGCAUGCUGGGAGCCGAGUCGCCGGUGGCAGAUAGCAGCAGCUCGUCUGAGAAGUCGUUUGCUUGGAGGACAGCGGGAGACUCGCAGGGAACGGUGGCAUCUGCAUGUCAAGGUCGUCACAUGGAGGCAGAGGAGGGACUCUACCCGCCUGAAGCGGACCGAGCAUCCCUGCAUGACAGUGAGGACUCGGGGGGCCACUCCGCUCACAUGACCUCCUAUUCAGACAGUGGCUACCAGGACAGCAGUGUCGGUUACUACAGCAACCAGAAUGUGGUGCGUUCGGAGCCCCGUGCUUCCGUUUUGAGAAGCCCAAGAGCUGAGGGUCAAGCGUCUGGCCAGCCAUCUGGCCGGAUGCUGCGAAGGAUGGCAUCCCUCCCAUCCAGGAGCCAGUCUCCCGCCUGUGCCACGGUCUCACCCUCUCGCAUUUCAUUGCGAACAUCCCAGGGCAGCACCUAUGACUCGCCCAUUCUCUCAGAGCCCAAAUCGCUGGCCACAGUCUUCCCCGGAACCAUCAUGCCACCCUCCUGCCCGUCACUCUCCUCCCCAGGUGACGGCACGCCGGCCUUUGGCGGCAGGGGGGUAGGCAGCAGUGGCCGUCUGGGCUCCACUCUCUCCCUCAUUGAGGGGAGGGGUUUGCUGGGGUCACCCCUGCGCACCGGGAUGACUGCAGUACCCCAGCAUUACGGCUCCACGCUGCCCAGACAGAGCCAGUCACUGGCCUACGGAGCUGACCCGUAUGGACUGUACCAAAGGAGUGCCCUGCCCCGCCCUGACAGCCUCAUAGGCCUUCACAGCGCCUAUGCUGGUCAAUCAAGCCAGAUUGAGCCAGAGCUGAGGGCAGCGUUUUCUCCAGAUUCUCACAUGGCACCAGUUUUCGAUGACCCCACCUUCCACAGCCCCUUGUAUCACAGCCCCUCGCAAGAACUGCAAGGCUCUCUCUAUGGGACAGGUGCAGGUGUGGGGACCCUCCGUCGGACCACAAGCCAUUGCAGCACUCUGCCGUACCAAAGAAGCAGCUAUGGGCUAAACAAUGCAACUAUGUACGUCGACUCCUUCAGGGUCCCCAACGAGCCAGUCUACUCACACCAGCACUCGGAGCUGGUGGAGCGGAUGGUCACCCGCACGCCAUCCAUCGAGAGCAUCCACAAAGACCCCAGGGAGUUUGCGUGGCGAGACCCCGAGCUGCCAGAGGUCAUCCACAUGCUGCAGCACCACUUCCCGUCCGUGCAGGCCAAUGCUGCAGCUUAUCUGCAGCACCUGUGUUUUGGAGACAACAGGGUCAAAGUGGAGGUGUGUCACUUAGGAGGGAUCCAGCACCUGGUGGAUCUGCUGGACAACAAGGCAGCCGAAGUACAGAAGAGUGCCUGCGGGCCCUUGAGGAACCUUGUGUAUGGAAAAGCCACAGACAACAACAAGGUGGCGCUGAGGAACUGCGGUGGCGUCCCUGCACUGUUGCGCCUCCUCAGGAAGACAACAGACAACGAAGUCCGUGAGCUAGUGACUGGGGUCCUGUGGAACCUCUCCUCCUGCGACGCAGUGAAGAUGACCAUCAUUCGUGAUGCCCUGACCACACUGACCAACACGGUGGUCAUCCCCCACUCAGGCUGGAGUAGCGUGUCACACCGUGAUCACCAUAAGAUCAAGUUUCAAUCGUCCCUACUACUUCGAAACACCACCGGCUGUCUGAGGAACCUGAGCUCGGCAGGGGAGGAGGCGAGGGGUCAGCUGCGCUGCUGUGAGGGUCUGGUGGACUCACUGCUUCACAUCCUCAAAGCCUGUGUCAAUACCUCUGACUAUGACAGCAAGAUUGUGGAGAACAGUGUGUGCACACUGAGGAACCUCUCUUACCGGCUGGAGGUAGAGAUGCCAUCCUCUCGUCUCCUCGGCAACCAGGAGCUGGACACCCUCCUGGGAUUCUCUUCCACGGCCAAGGAGCUUGACUACAUCUGCUGGGGGAAGAGGAGGCGUGGUAGGAAGAGGACCGACUGGCCAGAUGAAAACAAAGCAAGCAGUAUCUUCUUGUGCGUGUGUUGUGAGCAGUGGAACGGCAUUGGACCCAUCCCAGGCUUUUCUCAGGCUCUGAGGGGUGCCGAGCUGCUGUGGCAUCCGAUGGUGGUCAAACCGUACCUCAACUUGCUGGCUGAAAGCUCAAACGCUGCCACACUGGAGGGGGCUGCCGGCUCGCUGCAAAAUCUGUCUGCGGGAAACUGGAAGUUCUCGGCCUACAUCCGAGCAGCAGUGCGCAAGGAGAAAGGUUUGCCCAUCCUGGUGGAACUGCUGAGGAUGGACAACGACCGCGUCGUCUGCUCCGUCGCCACUGCCCUGCGCAACAUGGCGCUCGACGGACGCAACAAGGAGCUUAUAGGAAAGUACGCCAUGCGAGAUCUGAUUAACCGGCUGCCUGGUGAAACUCCAUCGGUGCUGUCAGAUGACACGGUGGCGUCCGUCUGCUGCACCCUGCACGAGGUCACCAGCCGCAACAUGGAGAACGCCAAAGCUCUGGCCGACAGCAGCGGCAUCGAAAAGUUGGUGGAUAUCAGCAAAGGACGAGGCAAAGGGUACUCAAUGAAGGUUAUGAAAGCAGCUGCUCAGGUCUUGAACACACUGUGGCAGUACAGAGAACUGAGGAGUCUCUACAAACAGGAUGGAUGGAACUACACCCACUUCGUCACACCAGUCUCUACUUUGGAGCGAGACCGCUACCGCUCGCAACCGACGCUCCCCACCAGCCCCAUUCACAUGUCCCCCGUCAUUCAAUCUGGUGGUAGUGCUACAUCCUCACCGGCGAUGCUCGGGAUCAGGAGGCACAGCUCCAACUACCCGAGAGCGCAGUCCUCUAUGCAACUCGACACGUACUACGGAGAUAACAGUUCACACAAACAUCAGUACACAGGGUCAGAGAAGAAAGCUGCAUAUUUCAUUGGCACAUACAGCUCACAGUUUGGAGACGAGCUGAGAAGGGCCCAGCACCCAGAGCCAUUGUACGAUGAAGCAGACAGGAAGAACUACAACAGACUGUACCUGUCAUCACCGCAAGACUAUGGAGUGGAGCGGUACGAGGACGACCCAGUCCACCUGACCCCGUCAUCUCCUGAUGGCUACAUCGACCAGCCACUCCCAUUCAAAACCAACACCAACUAUGUGGACUUCUACUCCACCACACGAAGGCCUUCAAACAGGUCCAACAAGUUCACCGGAUCCCCCGACUCCUGGGUGUAAAAAUAAAACAUUUGCCUGUGAACAUCUGUGGUUGAAAGGUGUGCAAGAGUGCUAAGAAAUCUGGGCUUGAAAUAUCAGCUAAUAUUAAACCACGUUCCUUAGACUAGUCCUAAAAUAUGAACCAUAAUGGCAUCAGGUAGCAUCUGUCUCACGCUGGUGAGCUUUAGAAGUAAGGAGCCAGUUACCAACUGAUGUCCAAAAAGCUUAUUUCUCUGAAGUCAUUAUUAGGCUCCAAUGAGGGUGUCGGUGGAAGGUACGCUUAGAAAGCCGAGCCUGACAUCAUGUUUGUCUAAUGCAAUCAUUUUCUCUGCGGUACAAUUGUGCAGUCUAUUGGUUUCAUAAUGUGAAUAUAAUGGGGAGGUGGGGGUGACCCAGGACAAUUAGGUGGAAUUUAAAAGGGGAUUCAGCAGCAUCAUUCAUGUGACUCUGUCAUCACCAAACUUGAUAAGAGUCAUCCCAAAAAUAUUUAAUAAUAAAGGGUUUCAGACCCAGGUUUGAAGACGACAAACUCACUGAUGAGCGUCCUCACUUUGGGACCUAAAAGCAGAACUCAUCGCUUUUAUGUCUGUUGGCCAAAAGUGCAGUAGUAUAUCAUUAAAUAUGUGGAAAAAUAUCUAUUUGUAUAGAUACAAUGUUGGAACCGUCCUGUUGAAUUGUUGUAUUUAAUCUGUAAAACUUUAUAUGUGACCAUGUGAGGAAGAUUUUUUAUAUUAUUUAUGAAUUAUUUAUUAUUGAUUUACCUGUGACUUGACCAAGCUAACAAAGCUGUCUGUUCUGUCCAAAUCACUGAUGAAGAUUAUGUGCAAUGUUACAAAUGGAAAUACUGUAUAUGAUAGGGGGAAAAAGAUGUGAUCAAAUGAUAAUAAAAACCUCUAAAUUA